UAAAAACGAAAUAGUAAUCAUUUUGGCAUUUUUUACUUUCGAAUAAUAACAAUAAUCAAAAUAACUGUACAUGGACGGUGGACGCUACUGCACAAAAUCUGUAUAUACUCGACUCAUAAUUGAAAGAUUUUCGUUCCGAAUUUGCUUCAAUUUGUUAACUGAUUGUGUUUGUUUAUUUUUAAUCGAAAACAUGAUCCAAAAUGAAUAAUAAGUGCGCACAAUUAUUGUUUAGUUGAAACAGUAAUGCUUACAUUUAUUUGUGAAUUUCAUUACUGGACGUUGAAAAACGAUCUAACCGUUAGCAACACAGAUUUUAGUCACUUUAAGUAUAAUGAAAAAAAAGAAACGGAAACGUCUACAGAUAAGAUCAUCAAAAGAAACUAUGUAAAGGCACGCGGAUUUAAUUGGUCAAUAUCAAAUAAAAGACCUGCAAAAUUAAGGGAAUCAUUAAAAAAUUUCGAAGCAGAGCUCAACGAUCAUCAUUUGAUUGCUGUUGAAUGGAUAAAAAAGGACAGAAUUGCAUUUAUCCUAGAUAAUGGAUCAACUAUAUUUGUUACAUUUGACCCUACUACUUGUAAUUUAAUUGAAAUAGUUUCAGACAAAUUUCUGCAAUCAAAAUUUCAAUGUGAACAACUAGUUAACAUUUCCUUCAUGAAACAAGUUUUGUUAUGCUCAUUUUCGGAUAAUAAACUGGGUAUUAUACAUUUUGGACGUUCAUUCGAUCGCACUCUGAACAAAUGGUCCUUACUUGAGCCAAAACCUGGAUUAUUUGAUUUCAAUAAUUCAGCCAUCAAUAGGAAAAAUGAACGGAAGAUUACGUUUAAUGUAUCUGCGACAAUGGUGGCCACAUGGUCGAAGUCAUCAUUGAAUGAAGUUUAUCCAUGGAAUCCAUUGGUAAAAGAUGAACAUAGAGCUAAUAUUCAUGUUUAUAAAAUUAUUGGCUCUCGACUAGAACUUUGUUGCUAUUUUCACACUAAGCAAGAUCCUCUCAUUGUAUCGUUUAGUAAAACAGUAUCAAAUAUUUUAUUUAUUUUGGAACAUAAGAACUUCAACGAUCCUCGAAUUGACUUUAGCACAUUUGAAGUAACUAAUACAAAAUUACAUCUAGUCAAUGUAGUGACAAUUAGUCCUUUCGAUUGGUGUUCAGCCACUAUAAUUAAUGCUUGGUUAAAUAAAGAUGACUCACGUUUGUGUUUUUCAUAUAACGAUUCUAUAUUAUUUGUUUAUGAUUUCAAAUUAUGUAUUACAUGUUCUGUAAAAACAGCUUUUCCUGUUGAGUACUUAGAUUGGCAUCCAGAUGGUAAUUUAAUCGCUGUGUCAGAUAGUAAUGGUAGAGUACAAUUUUACGACUCGUGUUUAUCGUGCAUUCGUCUACAACCAGUAACGGAAGAAUCAGGGACUUCAGAUUGGUUAGACCUUCAAUCUAAGGUUGGAAACAAAAAACUUUUCCAUAUAAAAUGGAUGCCUCACGAAACAACAAAACACUCUGUGAAUCUAACUGAUGCCAUUCUUCAUCUUAUUUUUGAAAAAGGUCCUGUUGUAGCUAUUAAGGUGCUUGGCAUUGGGAAGUUAUGUGUUAAUCAUUUGGUGUCUAUGUACCUUAAUGAAAAUGAUGUUGAUCGUGCUCUCAACUUUCUUUUAGGGCUUGACUGGCAUUCUGAUGGGCCACUAUGUUUAACAACUUUACAGCAAAUAACAAAUUAUUUGUUCCGAUUACCGUUUACUCCUGUAAGAGAAGUGCAAUUACAAUCAGCAAUCGGUAGUUUCUAUCAACCCGUUAUACCGCUUAGUGAAGACGUUAAACAUGAAUAUUUUGAGCCCAUUCGGAAUAUUGCUCGACGUUUUUUUCAUCAUUUAGUAAGGUAUGAACUUUACGAAAAAGCUUAUAGCCUAGCCAUUGAUUUGAAUGACAGAGAUUUAUUUAUGGAUCUAUAUUGGGCUACAAAAUCAGGGAUUGGCACCAGAUCAAUGGCCACUAUGGCAUUAGAGAAAGCAAAUCAAAUAGUGUCAUCAGAAUCAGAUGAGUCGCAUUCCAGUCAGUCUUCUGACUGUGAAUGCAAUGAAUGCCAUUCGAGUUCUCCAUCGAGUUCAUUGAGGCCGCCUUUACCAAAUGUGCCCAUAACGCCAGCUUCUCCAUCAUUAUUUGUUCCAACUAUUCAAACCAAUAAGUCUUUGAAUAAUGUUACAACAAUUAGUGUACCGUAUACAAGCACCCAUGUAGAACAUACUCAUGUCAAAAGUAUUGAGCUACCAGCUACUUCGUUAGAAAGUGUGUCGCACAUUAAAUACCCGUACGAGCAACAAAUACUCACUCAAAAUCCACAUCCUGAGAAUAAUAAUCAGCAAAGUCAACUUCCAAAUAAACCACAGCCUGAUAAAACUAUUAAAGUUGUUCAUUUUGGAAUUGUUUAACAUUUUUAACGAACAAUUAAUACUAUUUAAGUAACUAUAGAAAAAUUAUUAGUAUAUGUAAACCUAUAAAGACUGUCUAAAUUUAUAUCACUAAGUUAUAGUUAUGACUAUGAUUUAAUAUAAACCAUAUUCAUGGUGUUAAAGACAUAAAAAUAAUAUAAUU